UCAAUCAAGUUCCAAACUAAAACCUCAAACCUGUUCUGUCUUCCCCAUCAAUCAAGUUCCAAACUUGCUCCACCAUUAUUAUUUGAUCAUUCAUUCCCAAGCAAAUGAUAAAAGGCCAGCUUUAUUAGGGUGCAGCUUCGGGAAGACCAUAAUCGACGGUGAAGCAUUGACCUGAGACUCAGAGAGCAUCGUUUAGAAGAAGAAACAAGAAGCCCAAAAGCCAGAGUUUUCAAAUUUUGAAACUCUAUGAGCAAUUAAUCCGAAACCCAUCAAGAACUCGUUGCUCUUGUUUACAUAAGCAUGUAUUUGUAAGCAGCUCCAAGAGUCGGGAGUUUGCAGAUCUCUAAUCUCUGCAAAGUUUUAAAACAUUGGUUAGCAAAAUGCACGAUCUUGGGAAGAAAUCAUCUGUUCAGGAGUCUGGAAAAUCUCGUUACUCAACUCCUCUGUCAAAGCUAUUAUCAUCACCUAAGUUUAAGAAAGGCAGCAAAGUUUCCCAUGUGAAAAAGGUAAAACCAAAAUCCAAAACGACUAUUGCUUCAUCCUUUUUGAAGAGAAGAAAUGCCGACUCAUCAAGGAAGGGAACAAAGAGUAAGGACACAAGUAAGAAAUUGACAAGUAGAAAAGGACUGCAUAAUGCACGUGAUGAAAAUAAUGCAAACAAGUCAUCUUCAUUGAAGCUUCAGAAUGACAAGGUCUCAAUGAAUGGCUCCAAUCAGAAAGGGGAAAAUGCUGAUGGAGAAACCAGAAUUAGAAAAAGAAGAAAGACGAAACGUAAAAAGAAUAAAGUGGAUCUUGAUGAAACUGCUCGCUUGCAGAGAAGGACAAGGUACCUGCUAAUUAAAAUAAAGUUGGAGCAGAACCUGAUUGAUGCUUAUUCUGGUGAAGGUUGGAAGGGUCAGAGUAGAGAAAAGAUUAAGCCAGAAAAAGAACUACAGAGAGCCGAGAAUCAAAUUUUGAAGUGCAAGCUUAGAAUCCGAGAUGCUAUUCAUCAGCUACAUUCACUAAGUUCAGUGGGAAGCAUUGCAGACUCUGUCAUUGAUCCAGAUGGAUCUGUUUUUCAUGAGCAUAUAUUCUGUGCAAAGUGCAAGUUGAACGAAGCUUUCCCUGAUAAUGAUAUUGUACUGUGUGAUGGGACGUGCAAUGCUGCAUUCCACCAAAAAUGUCUUGAUCCUCCCCUGGAUACUGAAAAUAUUCCUCGAGGAGAUCAAGGCUGGUUUUGCAAAUUUUGUGAGUGUAAAAUGGAAAUACUAGAGGUAGUCAACGCUCAUCUUGGGACCUGCUUUUCCAUGGAUAGUACUUGGCAGGACGUUUUCAAAGAGGAAGCUGCUUUCCCUGAUGGUGGGAAUUUAUUACUAAAUCCAGAUGAAGAAUGGCCUUCAGAUGAGUCGGAUGACGAUGAUUAUAACCCAGAUAGAAAUGUAAACAGUUGUAGCGUCAGCAGGGAAGGUAGUGAUGACAAUGCAUCAGAUGAUGAAUUGUCAACUGACGCCAGCGUAGGUUCUGAUGAAUCUACUGAUGGAGAUAUUGUUUCUGGCCGAAGACAGAGAAGCAGUGUUGAUUAUAAGAAAUUAUAUGAUGAAAUGUUUGGAAAAGAUGGUCCUGUGUUGGAACAAGUUAGUGAUGAUGAAGACUGGGGUCCUGGUAAAAGGAAGCGACGAGAAAAAGAAUCUGAUGCUGCCAGCACUCUUAUGACUCUGUAUGAGAGUGAGAGAAAUCCAGGUCCUGUCCCUACAGAAGUGAAAAGUAAACGAACUACUGAUAAACAAGGCAGAAGGUCAUGUUUCCGGAUUCCUCCCAGUGCUAUUGAGAAGCUUCGCCAAGUUUUUUCGGAAAAUGAACUUCCUCCUAAAGCUGUCAAGGAUAAUCUUUCCAAAGAGUUGGGUCUUGAUCCUGAGAAGGUCAGUAAAUGGUUCAAGAACACACGCUACCUGGCUCUUAAAACCAGAAAGGCAAAGGGAAUUAAAGAUCUUCACACUUCUUCUUCCGAAAUGAACAAGGAAUCCAGAUAUGAAAAUGUGACAGGAAAAGCUGCUGAUCUCGUGGAAUCUGAUUCUGAUGACACCUCAGCUAAAACUGUGGUCCAUUCCCCAAGGAAUAUUAAGAAGUCUUUCUGGAGAAAGCAUCCAAAGUCAUUAAGUAGCCCUCUGAAGAAAAAUCAACAGAAAGGAUCUUCAUGUUUGUCACCUGCAAAGAGCAACAAGGAUGUUGGCAUGGAAUUGAGUGAUGAUGUGAGCUUAAAGAAGCUUUGGAAAGGAAGAACAAAGGAGAAGCGAGUCAACAUUAUUGCUGGAAGUGGAGGUGAGUCUCAAGUUGCAGAACUGGAAAUGGAGAGACUAUGUAAAGUCCAAGUUAGGCUAGAUAAUAUGAGACAGAAAUUACAAAGGUUUCAAACAGCCAAGGCAAAGAAAUUGAAAAACCCUCCAUUGCAUGAACAGACAGUCAUUUAUGUUCCAAUAGCAGAACUAAAAGGUUUGACAUUCUGAAAUGUUCUGGAUUUUCAUAUAGCAUUCUACAGAUAAGAGCAGUCAUAUAUAAUUGUUUUUCUGAUGCUCAAUGCCUCUUUGCUCAUCUUAGAAUAAUACAAUGUCUUUCUCCGAGUUGAAAAUGGUCAAUUCUAGAAUAGCAG